UUGCUUACAAAAGAAACAAAUAUAUCUUACAGGAUAAGAAGUUUCUCUGUUGGUGGCCGGUAUAGAAAUAGCUCAAGUGGGUGUAGGUCGUGAAAAAGUUUUGCUUAUUAGGAUCACUUCACCUAAAAUGGCUGAAGGGGAGAACUCUAUUCAUAUUUUUUGAGAUCUACUGAAGUACAUGGAAUCAAUGUCCUACAAACUAGCGAUUGACAAGAUUACGUUGGAACUCCUAGCAGAUAAAUAUCUACUAAACAAAAAUCCUUUAGAAUCAACUAUUUUCGUAGAUACAUACCACAUCGAAAGUCCAGGUGAUGCCUCUUGAAUUUUUUGCAGGAUGCGUAGGAGGUUGCGCUGGCUUGAUAGUUGGCCAUCCCCUUGAUACACUUAAAGUUCAUCUGCAAAAUGAUAACGCUAAAAAUCCCAAGUACAAGGGAUCUGUAGAUUUGGUGCGAACCUUGGUCGUCAAAGAAGGCCUGAGAGGGAUCUACAAGGGCAUAUCAAGCCCUCUCCUAGGAGUUGCAGCCAUAAAUGCCAUCGUCUUUGGCGUACAAGGAGGUACACGAAAAAAAUUCGAAGACCAGAACUCUUUAUUUUCGCAUUUCAUAGCGGGAGCUGCUGCAGGAUUCCUGCAGAGUUUCGUCUGUAGCCCCAUGGAACUGGCCAAAACUCGGCUUCAAGUAUCAGAGCCCAACCUUAGCCUCACGAAGUGCAUUAGAAACAUUUACGAAUCAGAAGGUUUCAGAGGACUGUACAGAGGUCUUAACAUGACAUUCGCUAGAGAAGUUCCAUCUUUUGCUGCUUACUUCGUCACAUAUGAGUACCUUACGAGGUCAGUAGGUCAAUCCAAUGUUUCCACAUCUAUGAUGAUAUUCGCAGGAGGAUCUGCAGGAAUGGCAGCUUGGAUUGUGACCUAUCCAGCGGAUGUUAUCAAAACUAGAAUUCAGCUGGAUGGUUUUAACUCUAAACCUAAAUACCUGAAUGCCAUGGAUUGUUUACGAAAAAGCAUUGCAGCUGAAGGAUAUGGUUUUUUGACACGUGGACUAGCUCCUACGUUAAUAAGAGCUUUUCCUACCAAUGCAGCGAUUUUUACUGUUGUGACUUGGACCAUUAGGUUUUUCGAGUCUGUCAGUCUGCCACAAAGAGUCCAUAAAAGUAAAUAUUUCGUUGAUAAUAUGAUGUACAAUUCAAUGCAGAAACCAGAAAUUAUUUGAGUCUUAGUUGAUUAAUUUGAAUAUGUAAAGUUAAAUAAGUUAUAUAUUUUUAUUUAUUUUUGGAAUAAUAUAAUAUACCUAAUGGGUUAAA